AUAAACGGCCAUAUUCUAGACAACAUCAAGCACCAGAAGGAUUGUUUCAAGAGGAGCCCCAGAAUUCAAGUAUAGAACUUGAGAGCCGCCAGAGGGUACAAUGUCCCUAUCAGCUUCCUGCUGGUGUAUAUGAAGACGAUCCAGGUGUUAUGUCUGAAGUAGAAACUUCAGCUACUGGGUUUCAUCGACCUUCCAAAGGACGGUCAACAAUUCCAAUAAACAGAUCACCACCUAAAUCUCAAGAGCGAGCUGUUGGUUUUUCCCAGCCACAAUUACUAGCUGAGAAUGGUACAGUUUUUCUCCAGUAUGGGAAAGAAACGAAACGUUCUGUUCUUCCGCAUGAACUGACGACUCUAGACACGAUCAGAGCUUUAUUCGUUCGUGCUUUUCCUGAACAUCUUACAAUGGAUUAUCUCGAUUCUCCAUACAUCCGGAUUUAUAUCAACGAUGUUUCAAAAGAUGUGUUUUACGAACUAGAAGACUUAAGGGAAGUUCGAGAUGGUUCGGUGCUUCGAAUCUACGAACAAAGUGUUAACCUCGACGAAGGAUUCAGCAAUUGUGACCAAGAAUUGAAUUACUUCUCGGAGCCUGAAUUUGAUUCGGAAUAUCAACAUCAGCACAUUCAUCAAGCAAAGCAGAGCGUGCGACCUUCUGCAAGUUCAGAACCAUAUGGCAGAGCAAACCCAUACCCAACAGCGCCCGUAAUGACGACAAAUAUUGACCCUGGUCCACCCUUAAGGUCCUAUUCUCCAGCUCCAUCUGAGUGGAGAAAAAGAACUCAGUCUGUUCCUGUUGCUGAGCUUCCUCGCUACGAGCCUCAACGUGCUUACUCUGCAACACAUGACCAUCCUUACCAUCUCCACGGCCAAAACCAGUUCAUUCCCAUGUGUGAAAGAGGCUACGAGUCAGGCUAUGACUUCUCUCCCGAGCGUAAAGCACCACCAGUAAGUUAUUCGGUGUCUCCAAGCAGACUAAUCGAACAUCAAAAAUCGUUUGGUAGCUACGUUCCCCCCGGAUAUGAAUAUCCGGCAUACUACAGGAGUCAGGUCUACAGACCUCGGUCUUAUAGUGUCACUCCCCUGAUUGAUGAAGAGGCCAGAAAACGAAUGGAAUUUAUGGAACAUCAGCUGGCAAACUUAACAGGAUUGGUCGAGAAGGUGUUGACGAGUCCAUCUCCUAGGCAACAGUCUCUUGUUGAGGAAGUCAGCCCUACUCGUGGCAACGAGAUUUUUAAAGAAAAUGAAGAUGAAAUUCCUGCGUUCGAAACUGACUGGACUCAUCACUCCUUCAGAGAGGAAAAGUCCGUAUCUUUCUCAGACGAUACUACAGAGGUUACGAAUCGCCACUGUACGCCAGAACAAAAUGCAGCUGAGAAGCCCACGAAACCUGCUAUCAAAGCUAGGUCCAUCUCCAAAGAUAUAGAUGACCGAUCUCCAGGUGGUAAACCCAAACCUCCCCCUAAGCCUACCUCUUUACUUUCUGCGUCAGCGAAACUCAAGCGUUACGAAGUUCCUAAAGACUCUGAGCUCAGCCCUGAACUCUGCUCAAAACUCCGGUAUCUGAGACAACAGACCCGGGAUCUACAAAGCGAAGUCCUCAGUCUGCGCAGGAUAGCCCAGAGGCAAGCAAUGUCCGCUCGAGAGUGCGUUACAGAUGUUUGCCUAAAGAUUAAGGAAAUGCUGGCUAUUGCCCAAGACUCGAAUGAUGACGUAAUGACUGGGAGAAGUAGAAUGCUACGAGACGAGGAUUUUUAUCGUCAAGAUAUGAUGCAAGUGGAGAAAGACUUGUCAGAUGUGGAGAGCAAGGUUGAAGAGCUUCGAGGGAACGUCAUCAACAAAAAAUGUCGCGUGAGCACGAGCUGUGUUGAAGACAUGGCCCUCCUUCUGAGCAGAGCGAGUAAAACUGUUGCUGACCUUAAAGUUUGUUUCCCGGAACUUGAAGAACAAAUGAAGACAUUUAUUGGUGUAGAGAUGGACAUGGUAAUGAAAGAAGAAAGAUUUCUAAGCGAAGAGCCUGAUCGUCUGGAAAAUGCGCUUAGACGGUGUAAAAAACUAACAGGAACUUUAGUUACACUGAAACGAUUAGCCUCCGUACAGGAACAGAGAAGCACAUCAAUGCCUGAGAAAUCGCUUUCCGCCGAUGACUGUCACACUAAUGAGGACGUUCAUACUGCUAAAUUACAGACCAUCGACCCAGACUCUCAUACUGUGAUUCACGUUUCUCCUGAUGAUUACCAGAGGGCGCAACAAAAGGAAACUGCUCUAGAUGAUUUACUAAAUGAACUUCAGUCUUUUAACGAGGCAGAAGAAAUGAAACGAGAUCCCUCUCUUUGGAUUCAUGAACAUCUUACUCCAUAUCACUCUGAAUCUUCAUCCCUUGGUUCCCCUCAUCAACACGGUAGAGGACAUCUGAAGUCAGAAAGCUCUUCCACAGAAGUAGUAAACAAAAGUAAUGAAGGUUGGACGCACCAACAUAGUCCUUUGCUUUCUACUAGUCGUAAGCAACAACAUUCCCAUAAACCACCUUACCUACCUCCUAAAAAAGUGUUCCUUCCUCCGCCUUUUCCGACCAAUCGUUGUAUGAUGCAGUCUUCCAACAUAUCGACGUUGCCGCUAGACGACAGCCUUAUAAAUACUGACAGCUCUUCACAGUCCAAAACAAAACAAACAAAUAAAAGAGGUCAGUCAAAUCUACAGUUGCUUAGGUCUGCAUCUGAUUCGCUCCAGAGAUCGGUAUCAAAUGAUGUCCCACAUUCCAAACCAAGCAGCAACCAGAUGGUUCGAACACGAGCCUUGGACGACUUUAAUCGGUGGGAUCAGUCUUCUAGUAGCAGUAGUGAGAGUGUGAAUUCUCAGGAAGGAUUGCUUUUAAACAAUGGAUCCAUAACCAAAUCACAGCUUGAACGAAGCUUGUCCGAAGGAGCCAAGCCUUUUGUAAAAAAUAACGCAAAGUUAAUGAAUAUGCUUUUCUCUCAAACACGCCAGGAGGUUUUGGAGUACAGACACAGAGAGUUGUUAAAUAAACAAAAACUGUUGCAAGAUCAGUAUACCAAAUUACAACAUCUUCAAUGUGCUCAACUUUUCAUCCGUUCCUCUCCUUCACCACAAAUGAUCAGUGUCACCGAUCCCGUUGAUCUUAAGGAAAUCAGAAGUGAAAACAACAUUUCUUCAAAAGCAAAAGUACCUUUGACCUCUGCAUCCACAACUCCCCUAACGACCAAGAAUAAAACAAACACGGGAAUCCAGAGAUCUGCUGCUCAGGUGACAGGGAAAAAACGUAAAGCUAACACACUUCCGCAGUCAUUUAACCAAAUACACGAGACAGAUAUAAUAUGAAACUUAUGAAAUAAGUCUACAAGAAUAAGGUGUGUUUAUAUAAAAGGAUAUGAACCCAUGUUAUGACGAUGGCUCAAACUUUCUUUUAUGUUUCGAACAUUAAAUAGUAAAUACAAAAGUUGUAGUGAGCCUUUUUUGUAGCGGAUAAUGUUGUUGUUUUUAGUUAAUGUUAAGUGAGAAAAAAAAACAAAAAACAUUGUUCCCAGAGGUAAACUUUGGGAUUUAUAAUUGAUAGUCCAUUGUGUAGCUUUGUGCUAAAACAAAUUGGAAAAUAUUAUUUUUAGUUUCUAAUAUUGCAGUUGCUAGGGCUGGAGUUUGUAAGAAUAUUCAUAUAAGGAUCAAAUCUCCAUUAAUUUGCUGCGAAGUUUAGUUGUCAGUACAAAAGUUUAUGAGAGCAGUGACGUGUAAAUUCCACAAAUUUGUUAAGAUUGAUCUAUCGAAUUUAUAAGAAAAUUCGUAAGACGAUAUUGACCUAUUCAUUAAUAUCUUGCUAGAGUAAGUAGAACUGUAAGGAAACUCGUAUGAUAAAAUAUACCCAUCAUUAAGUUCUUGUCAAAAUGAAUUGUUGAAACUAUAAAGAAAAUCUAAAAAAAAAGCACUCCUUCAUUAAGUUAAUGCUGGAAUGGGCUGAUGAUACUGUAAAAAAACACUCCUUCAUUAAGUUAAUGCUGGAAUGGGCUGAUGAUACUGUAAAAAAAACACUCCUUCAUUAAGUUAAUGCUGGAAUGGGCUGAUGAUACUGUAAAAAAAACACUCCUUCAUUAAGUUAAUGCUGGAAUGGCCUGAUGACACUGUUAAAAAAAUCCAUAAAAUAAAAUCCACUUCCUUCAUUGCGUUCCUGCUAGAAUGGGCUGAUGAUACUGUAAAAAAAGUCCAUACAAUAAAAGCCACCCAUUCAUUAAGUUCCUGCUAGAAUGGGUUGAUGAUACUGUUAAAAAAAUCCAUAAAAUAAAAUCCACUCUCUUCAUUAAGUUCCUGUUAGGAUGAGCUGACGAUACUGUAAAAAAAUCUAUAAAAUAAAAUCCACCCCUUCAUUAAGUUCCU